AAAGUUUUUUUAAAUUUAUUUUUUCAUUAGUUAAGCUAAAGUUGUUUAAAAAAUUCUGUGUACUCUGCGAACAUUUCGGUAUCGUCACAAUUUCUUACGUUUGCGAUUGUGUGCCGUUUCAACGCCGUGCUCUGUCGUCGUGUUCCUUCGUUGUCGUCAGUUGGAUCAUCGGCAAUCUUGUUCGUACAUUUAAUAUAAAUGGAUUUUGUGUAUACGUCGUGUCGUGGCGGCGAAUAAGAGAAAAAUUUUCUUAUUUUUUUUUUUGUAAAUGGUGGAAAUGUGAUCAAAUAAUAGUAUUAAAAUAUUAUUAGUGUAAAAGUGGAGAAAGUGAACAAAAAAUCAAAUAUAGAUCAUAAGUUUAUUUUAUUUAAUUAAUUUUUUUUUCUUGUAUUUGUGCGCUGGAAAUUACGAAAAAUUUCGUUUCAAUUUCGUUACUGUUAGUGAAUGGUAUGUGCAGUGAAAAAUGUCAAUCUAAGAAUAAAGUGAGUGCUCGAGGAAACGGCGAUUUUUUGGCCAUAUAAAAUUUAAUAAAAGUGCCCCAAAAAUGCCGCAAAUAUAGACUACAUUAUUUAUAUGAAAACAAACAACAAACGAUUUUUCAAUUCAAAAUAAACUAAUUUAACUAUUUUAAUGAAAAUUCAAUACCAGUAUUGAAUUUCAAAAUAGUACUUUUAAAGUGUAUUUGCUUAAUAUGUCUACAUUCAAAAAACAAAUGGAAACUUAAGCUGUUCGAAAUCGUUUGUGUAAAUAUAAAAAAAAAAAUUACUACCACAAAUGUUACACACCAGCGAAAACGGCAAACGGCAUCACUAAAUCGACAAAUAACAACUCGACAAAAUAUUAUCAAUAAAUAUUAAUAUAACAUUGCAAAUUCGUACUGGGCCGGUAAAAAAGAAAAAUAUAGUGAAUCAGACGUACGCACAAUGCUAGCAGCUAAUUUACCAGUAUGCCAAUACGCUGGAAUGCCUGCACAAAGCAACAGUAAUAACGGUGGAGCUAAUAAUAACAACAGUAAUACUAAUAACAUUAAGCCAAAUAACAGUGGAAGCUGUAACUCUGGCACAAUUGGUCCGAACUCGAAUAAUAAUAAUGCUGGCAAUACGACUAGCGGUGUAGGAUUAAUUGGUGGUGGAACAUCAGCAGCAGCUGCUAAAAAUCAAUUAGAACAAUUAAAUACAAUGCGUGAAGCGCUUUUUUCUCAGGAUGGUUGGGGUUGCCAGCACGUUAAUCAGGAUACGAACUGGGAGGUGCCCAGUUCACCUGAGCCAACAAAUAAAGAUCCCUCUGCUGGGCCAACAAUGUGGAAACCCACUAUAAAUAAUGGUACUGAUUUGUGGGAGUUGAAUUUACGCAACGGUGGGCAACCACCAACUCAGCCGGUUCAAAAAACUCCAUGGGGACAUACACCAUCGUCAAAUUUGGGUGGUACAUGGGGAGAAGAUGAUGAUGGUGCGGAGAGUAGCAGUGUAUGGACGGGCUCAUCGAAUAAUCCUACAACUGCUGGCAAUGUUGGUGUUGCUGGUGUAAAUACCACAUCUGUAGGUGGAAAUAAUCCUGGCAACAAUGCCCAAUGGGGUCAAAGUAAUGUCGGCAUUGUGGUCGGCGCAACUAGUAACACUACAGGAGCGGUUUCUGGAAAUAUUGGCAAUGUAUCCACCGUAGGUGGUGGUACUGGUGUUCCUGGCGUAAAUGUGUCUGGAAAUGUUAAUGCAGCGUCAACAAGUGGUUCUACUGGCAGUAAUUGGGGAGAUUCACGUGAAUUGAACAGUGGUGGUGUAUCAAGUACCGUAAAUAUGCGCGGCGUAGAUCCACGCGAUCCAAUGCGUGGUACGUCAGCUGCUGAGACACGUGAUUUACGAUUGAUAGAUCCGCGAGAUCCUAUACGUGGAGACCCGCGCGGAAUUUCAGGACGUUUGAAUGGCACGUCAGAAAUGUGGGGCCAACAUCAUUCCAUUGCACAUAAUCAAAUACCACCAAUGAAUAAAAUUGUUGGUCCCGGUGUUGGCGUUGGCGGCGCUAGCGUAGCAACUGGCGCUGUAGUUGCUGGUGGAAGCGUAGCUACUGGUAUCGGACCUGGCAACAUUAAUGCCAUAAACUCUGUCGGUAUAAGCGGGAAUGUAAACACUCACUGGGGAGCAUCAUCCACAGUUGUUGGACCAAAGGAUAUGACAUCAAUGACCGGUAAAGUAACUGGUUGGGAAGAACCGUCACCGCCACCACAACGGCGCAAUAUUCCCAACUACGACGAUGGUACGUCUUUGUGGGGACAACAGUCACGUGUACCAGGUGGAAGUGGUUCGCAUUGGAAAGAUAUAUCGGAUCCAAUGAAUAGGCAUUUAACACGGAAUACUGUGGGUAAUCAGAACACGACGAAUGCAGUGGGUGGCCUUGGUAAUAGCUCUGGAAAUGGGUUGGGUAACAAUCAGGGUGUAAUCAAUGCGCCAGUCGUUGUCGGCAAUGCCAACAAUCCCAUAAGCGGUGUAGGUCCACAAGGACGACUUAGUUCGGGCGUUGGUCCUGGUGUUGGUGUUAAUCAACAUAAGCCAGACAAUACUAUGUGGGUACAUGCCAGCAAUCCAAAUGUCAGUGCACGAAAUAACGCAUCGUGGGGUGAUGAAGUCAAUCAUAAUGUGGGACCAAAUUCGGGCGUUAAUUGGAUGGAUGAUAAAAGUAACGCCGGUAUUGGACAAUUGGGUGUUAGUGUUGGUGGAGCUAAUUCUUGGAAUGAUCCAGCACCAUCUUGGAAUAAGAAUCAAAAUAAAAUACCAGGUGGUACAUCCGGUUGGGGUGCAAGUGGAGGUAGCGACGGCACUGAUUUGUCAGCUGACUGGAAUACUCAUGCUGCCAUUGUUGGCAAAACUCAGCCAAAAUUAGGUGGUGUUAACGUUAAUAUAAGUAACUUGAACACAGAUGUGAUCAAACAGAGUAAGCAGUAUCGUGUACUUGUGGAAAAUGGCUUUAAAAAGGAGGAUGUAGAACGUGCAUUAAUCAAUGCCAAUAUGAACAUCGAAGAAGCCGCUGAUUUACUCCGCGCUCCCAUAUCUAUGGAUUGGAGGCGACACGAAGAUACGAUGGGUUCCUAUGGUGAUCACACAAAUGCUGGUGGUACUUUUGCGGGACGUUAUCCCCCAACGGCCUCUCAGCCAAAUAUGCCAUUCCCUCCGAAUAUGUUGAACAAUAUGAGCGCCAACAGUGCUGGCGUGAGUGGUAAUAACACAAACCUAGCAGCGCUCAAUUCGAUACAAUCACUUCCAGUGCAAAAGUAUUUGAAUCCAGCACCACACAAUAUUACAAGUGUCCCACAGGCUAUGAAUACCGCUGUCACUUUUGGACCAGGAGUAGCUAAUGUCUCAGCGGCUGUUAAUGCUAGUUCGAAUAGCAGCAGUCAACCAUCUGCUCAACAGCUACGUGUGCUCGUGCAACAAAUUCAACUAGCUGUUCAUAGCGGAUACUUAUCCAGCCAAAUUUUAUCAGAACCUUUGCCAUCCUCAAUGCUUGUACUUUUAUAUCAAUUAUUAACAAAUAUUAAGCACCUUCAAGCGGCGCAGCAGUCCUUGACACGUGGCGGCAACAAUGCCAAUAACUCACAGAUAAGUUAUGCUAUUGCCAAAUAUAAACAGCAAAUCCAAAAUUUACAGAAUCAAAUAAACGCACAUCAAGCGUUUAUACUUAAACAGAAGCAGCAGCAGUCCAUACCACAAAAUACGCAACAGCAUCCUGCAGCACAUGUCAAUAAUUCCAACAUGGAAUAUAUGAGGCAGCAUGAUCCUAUAAGUGCGUUACAGGGAAAUUUUACAGAAAUGAACCUAUCUAAGCAUAGUGGCUAUCCAGGAGGUCCAAACUCACAGUCAAAACUUAUUAAUCAGUGGAAGCUCCCUGAAAAAGAUCUAACGUCUGACAGCACAGAUUUUUCAAGAGCUCCAGGAACAACAAAACAAAACUUAUCAAGUGCCCCUGGCAACACUAUGGGACCUUUGGGGCUGCAAAACGAUGGAACUUGGUCGACUGGGCGUAAUGUUGGCGAUGGUUGGCCAGAUUCAUCCACUGAUAAUGAGAAUAAAGACUGGUCUGUUGCACAGCCUGCAUCUGCAGCGACGUAUACUGAUUUAGUUCAAGAGUUUGAACCAGGAAAACCGUGGAAGGGCUCGCAGAUAAAAAGUAUAGAGGACGAUCCUAGUAUAACUCCCGGCAGUGUAGCUAGAUCACCGUUGUCUAUUAAUUCGACGCCAAAAGAAGCUGACAUAUUUGCGAAUCCUAGCAAAAAUUCACCGACUGAUUUAACACCGUUAAGUUUAUCUUCAUCUACUUGGAGCUUUAACCCAUCAUCAAGCAAUCAAAAUUUUCAAAGUUGGUCCGAUAGUCCGCAACAAUGUGCCCCGUCGGAGUUGUGGGCAACAUCAAUGAACAAAACGUCACGUGGCCCACCACCGGGCUUGGGCGCUAACAAGAGCGCUGGCGUAUCAGUAACUGGUGUACCAUCUGUUACAAAUUCCUCCUCCGUUGUAACAGGCAGUGCCAACGGUUGGAUGGUUACUGGUGGGCGUGGAGUACCAAGCAGCAAUUCUGGUUGGAAUACUUCGAAUUCAGGCUGGAACUCAACAUGGCUACUCCUCAAGAAUUUGACAACACAGAUUGAUGGCUCAACUUUACGUACCUUAUGUAUGCAGCAUGGCCCUCUUGCUAAUUUUCAUUUAUAUCCAAAUCAAGGAAUUGCCUUAUGUAAAUAUGCAACACGAGAGGAAGCAAACAAAGCUCAAAUGUCAUUAAAUAACUGUGAUUUCGGUAGCACUACUAUAUGUGCCGAGUCACCGAGUGAAAGUGAAGUUCAAAAGAUUUUGCAGCAUUUGCCUCAAACGCCCAAUUCUGUUACUGGCUCUGGUUUAACAGGCAACGGCGGCAAUGGGGCCAACAAUUCAAAUAAUGGUGGCAGUGUAAGCGGUGGCAACAAUUCCAUAUCUUCUGGCAGUGGUAAUAAUGGUCCUUGCAGCGCUGUUGGCAGUGCAAGUGGUGGCAGUGGUAACGGCAGUAUGGCGGCGCAUUCAGUUAUAAGCGGUACGGGCAGCAAUAAUGGCUGCGGUGGCAAUGCAAUGAAUAGCAGCAGCAACGGCAGCAACAGCGGCGGCGGUAAUAGUCAAAACCAAACUGGUUCUAGUGUUUUAAGCUCGAACGGCGGAAAAACUGGGAACGGUGGUAAUAUUGCAAGCGGCAAUGGGGGUUCAAACGUUACAUCGAAUAAUGUCGUCGGUAGUAACAAUGCCGUAUCUGCACCUACUUGGCGUCAAACACAAAAUCAACAAAAUCAGACGCGACCGUCUGGUCGAGACGAAUAUGACUUUAUUUCACAGUAUGUUUGUUCCAUAGUGGAUGAUUAAAUUUACAUAAAAUAGUUCAAAAUCUGUAUUAAACAUAUUAAUAACAAUAUAAUUUAUACAUUUGAACUGCUCGAUAAAUAUCAAGUAACAACAGAUUUACGAGGUACAUAGAUUGACUGAUAGACGAAUGGACUUAGAAUUUUAUAUGUAAUUUUUUCUUGUGGUUCAUAGGAUUGUGUUUUCAAUCAAAUCAAACGAACAUUACUUUAAAUGUAAAAUUAAUUAUGGUUAAACGCCAAACUUAUGCUACAAAUCAUUUAUUUUAAAAAUUAUUACGAGUUAUAUGCCUAAAUGUGAAGUGUAGAAUUAAUUUAACACUUAAUUUGCCGAAAUGAUUAAGACAGAAUAUUUGUUAUUGAGCCUAUUAAAUCAAGACAAAUGCAAAAUAAAAAACAAUGAAAAGUAAAGAACUAUAAA